AUGAAUUUCGCUACAUGGAAUGUACAGGGAAUUAGGCUAAAAAAGGACAUCAUCGCUGCUGAAAUGCAAAAACAAAACAUGAAUUUAAUAGCAUUUACUGAAACCAAGAAAAAAGGCCAAGGCACCGAAAAUGUUGGAGAAUAUAUUCAUCUCUAUACCGGAGUGACAAAAGAAAAAAGAGCAGCCAGAGGAGUAUCAGUUUUAAUAAAAAAGAGCUGGAAAAACAAGAUUAGGAAUUGGGAAGCUGUUAAUGAAAACAUCCUAACAAUCAACAUCAUAUUAUAUGGCUAUAAUAUAAUCAUCAUAGCAGCCUACGCACCCUCAGAGGACGAAAGAGACAGUGUCAAGCAAGACUUCUUCGACAAAUUAGAUCAGCUCCUAGAAGAUUUUAGUAGAUAUAGGGAUGUUAUAUUGCUGGGCGAUUUCAACGGACGAACGGGAAGAAAAAAUAACAGCCAAAUAGUAGGACCCUUUGGAGAGGCAACAACUAAUGAUAACGGUGAAAGACUUAUUGAUCUUUGUGAAACUCACGAUCUGAAAAUUAACAACGGCUUUUUCAAGCACAAAGACAUUCAUCGAUACACAUGGACACAAAAUACCCGAAACCUCAAAUCUAUAAUCGACUAUGUGAUAAGUAAACAGGAAACACAUAUUGAAAUAAACGACGUAAGAGUCCUAAGAGGGAUCACCUGUGGAUCGGAUCACUUUUUAGUAAGAGCCAAAAUAAGAAUACAUUUUAGAAAAAUGGAUAAGCUCCAAGAAAAUCAUAACACUGGGAUACCAAUGGAAUUAAUGAAUACAGUACAAUAUAACUUUAACAGCUUUAAUGAUGACAGUACUGUGUUUUUGUAUCAAAGACGACUCGAUAGUAAGCUCUUGGAUCCUGAGGAAUGCACAUUUAAUGAAAUCUACGAGAACAUUAAAAGUAGUCCAAUUGCCGCUACCAAAGAGGCAAUAGGAACAAAAGAAUACUCUACCAACAAGAAAUUCUGGUGGAACGAUGAGAUGGAGUCUUAUGUCGAAGAAAAAAAACAAAAAUAUCUGAAAUGGCUAUCUACUAAAACAGAACGCGAUCUUGAAGAAUAUAAGAUUUCAAAAAGGCAACUAAGGACACAUAUUAACAGAGCUAAGAACAAAGCAUGGGAUAUAAAGUGUGAGCAAAUUAAUAACUACAUAGGUGGAAGAAAAUGCUCAGAAAUAUGGAAAUGUAUUUCAAAUAUUAAGAACCCAGGAAUAACAAAUCUAAUAUACACUUAA